AUGUUUCCCUUAACGGCUACAUAUUACAAUCCUCAGAAAAAACUCUGGUCCGGACCAGAGAAAAAAGAUUUAUAUAAUGAAAAUAUGACUCUGGGUGAAGUAACGUACUUGGAGUUGGUUAAAAAUCCACUAAAAGUUAUACAAAUCAAUGAUUCGACGCAGGAACAAAUGACAGCCCAAGAAUUUCUUCUGCAUGUAACGGCUUUGAGUAAAAAUUUAUUAAAAAUGGGCCUUAAAGCAGGCGAUGUUGUGGGUAUGUAUGCCCACAAUGCUACCCAUACAGCAACGAUUAUGAUGGCUGCCUAUUUGUGUGGUACUCCGGUAAAUGCUCUUUAUCCUGGUUUCGAUAAAGAUAAUGUGCAAUUAAUCUAUAAAGUUACUACACCCAAAAUUAUAUUUUGUGAUGUAGAAAAUUACGAAAUUACUUUCAAGGUUUGUAAGGAUUUAAAUUUGAAAGUUCCAAUUUAUAUAUUAAAUGGUGAAAUCAAGGGAGUGCCCAGUAUAUUGAGUUUAGUGAAAUCGGAAACCGAGUGUUUAAAUGAGCCUUUCGAAUUUCCCUGCGUUAACUUAAAAGGUGAUGAUACUGCCAUCAUUUUAUGCUCAUCUGGUACCACUGGAACACCUAAAGGUGUACUCUGUUCUCAUCGGGCGUUACUUAAUCAACCUAUUUAUCUUAACAUUAAAUCUGAUUCAGUAGUGUGCACUUUAAGUACCAUGUAUUGGGCUUCUGGACUUUGGAACUUAAAUGCUUCUUUAAUAAAUUGCUGUUUAAGAAUUAUUACUGAUAAACCAUUUACACCUGAAUACUUUCUACAGUUGGUUGAACGUCAUCAGAUCACUCAUAUGAUAACGAAUGGUAGUCAUAUGGCUGAACUGGUGAUGUACGAUGAUGUGGCAAAAAUACAAAAAUCUCUGGCUAGUAUUGAUACAUUUGUGGUGGGUGGAUCCAAAGUGCCAUUGAUAGUACAGGAAAAAAUGACAGAUAUAAUGAAAGUAAACGAUAAACGUCCUGGCUUUGGUGUGGCCUAUGGUAUGUCUGAGUUAUCGGGUAUGCUUUCAUUUAAUGGUGGUUAUCUGUUUGAGCAAAAAAUGGGAUCAGAGGGUAAAUUAACCGCCAAUAAGCAAGUACGCAUCAUCAGUAAAGAAGGCGAUUUUCUGGGACCCAGUGAACAUGGUGAAAUAAUUAUCUCUACACCCCAUACCUGGUUUGGUUACUAUCGCAAUGAGGACGCCUACAAAAAAGCUUACAAAGACAAUUGGUUAUAUACGGGUGAUAUUGGUUUCUUUGAUGACGAUG